GACACUAGAGGGCGAUACAGCGCUGCUCUUUCUAUUUUAAAAACAGAGGGAAGAAACUCGCGACAAAGUAGCGUCAAAUGACUUUGAACUUUGAGCACAUCAUCGAUAGCAUUUCUUCUAAGUUGUUUUUGUAAAUAAUGUAAAUGAUGAACCGGAAUAUGGCUAAUUUUAGCACACCUAUCUCCGUGGUGUCAGGUGUAACUGUGCUGUAUCUCUUUUACACUUCUCACGUCUCGUUUAAAACUCACACAGUCUUUGACGCCCAGAAACAUUUGCCAGGUUCAGUUUACCUCAUGACCAGAUACAUUUAUCAAUCUCUCCGCAAGAAACGAGGAACAAUGAGGAAAAACAAAGACAAAGACACAAGCGACGAGCUUGUUUUUACUUUGGUCAACUGCAGGUAUGAUGCGGUGUCUUUGAGGAGGUUCUGCAGUGUUUCGGGUUAUGGUUGGGACUAUCCUGACAGUGUCUUCAGAGACGUUCCCUUGUGCUACCCUGAGUUUCUCUUCACCAGACUUCUUACUAUGAUUGUGUGCUCAGAGAGAUUCAGACUCAGCCCUUUGGGUCUGAUGAGCGUCUGUGAGAGUGUGCGUCUGAGCGAUGCCUUGGAUGAGCUGAAGAGAGGGAUGUUCUCCCUGCAGGCCAGAGUGCUGGAGUACAGGACUGUUAGAGCUGGAGUGGAGGUGGAUCUCGCUUUGACUGCGUCUAGAGAUCAGCAGACCGUUUGGAGCAGCACACUGACUCUACUCUCUCCUAACAAUACACACAGACCUGAUGCUCAGCCUGGCUUAGAGAUCACCCAUGAUCCAGUCUCGGAGAGAUGCAUCACCCUGGCUGUUCCUUGGUCCUCAGGUGUGAGGAACACCUGGGUGUUCGGUGACCUUUGCCCUCUGCCUGUGUUUGUUUGGCUGGGCUUUGCCCGUCCCUCCACCCACCCGCUGUGGAUGUUCUCCAGGUGCAUGGCAGAAAUGGAGAAACACAAAGGAGUUGAAGUGGUGAGAGCUCCUCUGACUGUGUCAGUCUGUUACAAACAGACGGUGUCUUUACCGAGGAAAGUCAAUAUCAGAGUCAGUGAAAACACUAGUGUAACCUCAAGCACAGCAUUAUUUUCAUUGGAAGACCACAGAACCAGGACACUGUACCUCACAGGACAGAUAAAACGACAGACAAGCAAGAAAGCAGAAUGAUGGUGAUGUAAUCCUGACAGAUAGGAUACGAAGCACUCAA